AUGACGUAUAUUUACUGCGACUCGAGGACGCAUGAACGUUCAGGAUAGCUAUUUGAUCAUUGCUGGAAACUGCGAAGUUAUUGUUAAAGAUACCGAUUUUGUAUCUGUUCUUGCCAGUUUAUCCCCAGAGAUAAGCUAGAAAGAUGUCUCUGGCUGAUGAACUGCUCGCCGACUUGGAGGAGGCCGGCGAGGAGGGAGAGGAUGGACUGUAUCCGGGCGAGGAAGGUGGAGAAAGCGACCAAGAGGCCGGAGAGGGGGAGGUAGCGGGGGGCUUAGAGGAUAUCCCUGAGGAGAUGGAGUUAGAUUACAGUGCAGCCGAAAGUGUCACCUCUAUUGCAAAACUACGCCACAGCAAACCUUUUUCAGAGAUCACGGAGAAGAUUACAGAGUAUGUUGGCAAACAGCGUAUGAAUUCAGAAGUAUCUGGACCCGUUGAAUCAGAUCCAGAGUACAGGCUAAUUGUUGCUGCCAACAACCUGACUGUGGAAAUUGACAAUGAUCUGAAUAUCAUUCAUAAAUUUGUGCGCGACAAGUACUCCAAAAGAUUCCCAGAGCUUGAAUCUCUGGUCCCGAAUGCACUGGACUACAUCAGGACUGUGAGGGAACUGGGCAACAACCUGGAGAAGUGCAAGAACAACGAGAACCUACAGCAGAUCCUCACCAACGCCACCAUCAUGGUGGUCAGUGUCACAGCAUCCACCACCCAAGGGGUAAUGCUAGGCGACGAUGAGCUCCAGCGAUUGGAGGAGGCCUGUGACAUGGCUCUGGAGCUGAACCAAUCAAAGCACCAGAUCUAUGAGUAUGUGGAGUCAAGGAUGUCUUUCAUCGCCCCUAAUCUGUCCAUCAUAGUUGGGGCAUCAACUGCAGCUAAAAUUAUGGGUGUUGCUGGCGGUCUGACUAACCUGUCCAAGAUGCCGGCGUGUAACCUGAUGCUGUUGGGGGCGCAGCGGAGGACCCUGUCCGGCUUCAGCAGCACCUCGCUGCUCCCCCACACGGGCUACAUCUACCACUGUGACGUGGUGCAGACUCUCCCCCCGGACCUGCGGAGGAAGGCCGCUCGCCUGGUGUCGGCCAAGUGCACGCUGGCAUCGCGGGUGGACAGCUUUCACGAGAGUUCAGGCGGCAAGGUGGGCUAUGACCUGAAAGAGGAGAUUGAGAGGAAGUUUGAUAAGUGGCAGGAGCCUCCCCCAGUCAAAACGGUGAAGCCGCUCCCAGCCCCACUGGACGGACAGAGGAAGAAGAGAGGAGGCAGAAGGUACCGUAAGAUGAAGGAGCGUUUGGGCCUGACUGAGAUCAGGAAGAACGCCAACAGAAUGACAUUUGCAGAGAUUGAGGAUGAUGCGUACCAGGAGGACCUGGGCUUCAGCUUGGGUCAGCUGGGCAAGUCUGGCAGCGGGAGGGUGAGGGCGGCACAGGUCAACGACGCCACCAAAGCCAGGAUCUCCAAAUCCCUGCAGCGAACCCUGCAGAAGCAGAGCAUGGUGUAUGGAGGGAAGUCCACAGUCAGAGACCGGUCCUCUGGUAUCAGCUCCAGUGUUGCUUUCACACCAUUGCAGGGUCUGGAGAUUGUGAAUCCUGGGGCUGCAGAGAAGAAGGUGGCUGAGGCUAAUCAGAAGUACUUCUCCAACAUGGCAGAGUUUCUCAAAGUCAAGAAGGAGGGAGAAGGCGGGACACAAUCACAAACACCUAAGAUUUGAGAGCCACACACACACACACACACACACAUUUACACACACACACACACACAUUUACACACACAUCACCUCCAUAUUCAGGGUGUUGAUGUAUGGUGACAUUGUGUAAGUUAUUAACACACACAGGUUUGACCUCUAAUGAAGCUGGUGCUGUCAGAAGUGUUUAAGGAAAAGCUGACAGGCUGAGUGGGCAUGCAGGCAGACCAAACCCUUUCCCCUGGGCUCUCAGAGCAGGCCUGUAUAGCCCUGGAAAUGGUGUUGCUAUGGUUCCUGUAGUCAUUUUGUGUUUUUAUUUUUUUAUUUUAUUCAUUUGUAUGUGUACAUACUUGAUACAUGUAGGUCUCAUUUUAAUAAAAUCUGCCAGAUCUAUGAUGGAAAAAAUCA